CCAUGCUCCGGCUUCGCUUCCUGACAUGGGACGUGAAGGAUACGCUGCUGCGGCUGCGGCGGCCGGUGGGGGAGAGCUACGCGGCCGAGGCCCGGGCACACGGGAUCCAGGUGCAGCCAGAGGCUCUCACUAGGUCAUUCCGGGAGGCGUACGGAGCCCAGGGCCGGCUAUUCCCCAACUACGGCCAGGGCCGGGGGCUCAACUCCCAGCAGUGGUGGGUCGACGUGGUCAAACAGACCUUCAGGCUCUCAGGUGUGCACGAAGAGGGAGUCAUAACGCUGAUGGCGGAAAACCUCUACCACGACUUCUGCAGCGCUGGUAACUGGGAGGUGCUGCCAGGAGCCGGCGAGACCCUGAGCCAGUGCUGCCAGCGCGGCUUCCGUAUGGGGGUCGUCUCCAACUUCGACAACCGGCUGGAAAAAAUCCUCUCCCAGUGCAACCUGCGUCACCACUUUGAAUUUGUCCUCACCUCUGAGGAGACAGGCUUCGCCAAGCCAGAUGGGAGGAUCUUCCAGAAAGCUCUGCGCCUCGGUGGGGUCCCCCCAGAGCAGGUGGCUCAUGUAGGGGAUGACUACACCCGGGAUUACAGGGCAGCCCGAGCCGUGGGCAUGCAUGGAUUUCUGCUGCGGGCCGCCGGGCAGAGCGCUGAGCCGGAGGUGCCCCCUGAGCAUGUUCUGCCCACGCUCAGCCACCUCCUGACCCUUAUCGAGAAGGGGUAGCUGCGUUUCAGAGGAGGACCUGAGCACUGAACCAGUCCUGGCAUGGAUUUUGUGCUGCCGGUUGUGCAGGGAACAGAAGCGAACUCUUCUGAGCACAGGGAGCAGCUGCCCGCGGAGCAGGAGGGGUGUCCAUACAAUAAAAUGUAUCUGACACACUCAGUGUUGCUGCUGAUGUACUUCAUCUCUCUAAAAACACUAUGGAAGAGGCUCAGCGGUGGGGUCUUCCCCCAGUAGAGCGGGGACUGGGUCAAGCUGUGCUCCAGAAGGUUCAUU